GGAACGAGCCAUCCUGGGGGACACCCUGCACUCAGCUUCUCGUCUUCGUUGCCACACCAGGCUGCGAUGGGUUUCCCAGCCUGGACUCCAAGGAGAACUAUAAGCUGUCCGUCUCCAAAGGCUCCAUGCUGCUCUCCGCGGAUGCUGUCUGGGGAGCUCUCCGAGGCCUGGAAACAUUCAGCCAGCUUGUUGGGAGAGAUGAGAAUGGCACGUACUACAUCAACGAGACAGAAAUCGUGGACUUUCCCCGCUUCCCUCACCGGGGAGUGUUGCUGGACACGUCUCGUCACUACCUGCCUCUGAGAGCCAUCCUGGAAACUCUGGAUGUUAUGGCUUACAACAAGUUCAAUGUGUUUCACUGGCACAUUGUGGAUGACCCAUCCUUCCCCUACGAGAGCUCGACAUUCCCAGAGCUCAGCAAGCAGGGAGCCUUCAAUGCCAUGACCCACGUGUACACAGCCAAUGACGUGCAGACCGUGAUCGAGUACGCCCGCCUGCGUGGCAUCAGGGUCAUCGCAGAAUUUGACAGUCCUGGGCACACUCUCUCCUGGGGGCCAGGUGCUCCAGGACUCCUGACUCCCUGCUAUUCGGGUGAGAAGCUUUCAGGGACCUAUGGACCCAUCAACCCCAUCCUUAACAGCACGUACCAGUUUGUGACCAGUUUGUUCCAAGAGGUCAGCGCUGUAUUCCCAGACUUCUAUCUCCACCUCGGUGGUGAUGAGGUGGAUUUCACGUGCUGGAAAUCCAACCCAAAAAUUCGUGCUUUCAUGAAGGAGAUGGGCUUUGGUGAAGACUACAAAAAAUUAGAGUCGUUGUACAUCCAGAGGCUUCUGGACAUCGUCUCUUCCCUUGGCAAAGGUUAUAUCGUGUGGCAGGAGGUGUUUGACAACGAAGUGAAGGUAAAGCCAGACACCAUUAUCCACGUGUGGAAGGAGGCUGUGUCGUACAUGGAUGAGAUGGCCAAUGCCACCAAGGCUGGUUACCGGGCUCUGCUCUCCGCGCCCUGGUACCUCAACCGCAUCUCCUACGGGCAGGACUGGAUGGCAGCCUACCAGGUGGAGCCCUUGAACUUCGAAGGCACCCCUGAGCAGAAGGCCCGGGUGAUCGGUGGUGAGGCCUGCAUGUGGGGUGAAUAUGUGGAUGUCACCAACCUGGCCCCCAGGCUCUGGCCAAGAGCUGGAGCCGUAGCUGAGAGACUGUGGAGCAACGCAACUGUCAGGGACAUGCAAGAUGCCUACGCUCGACUGGCAGCGUUCCGCUGCACACUGCUCGGACGUGGUGUCCAGGCACAACCUCUCUACAUAGGGUACUGUGAAGAUGAAUUUGGCGGUGUCUGA